CAAAUACACAAUGUCUCUUUUCCUCUUUUGUGUGUGUAUUAAUGGAGGAUUAUCACUUAUCGGCAAAAUUCCACCAACCAUUACUACAAUUGCCUUCUUUCUUUAUCGAAGUGAAUGUUGAUUAUUCUACUAUCACUCUUUUAAUGGCGAUGCAUACAGAUUCUUCCUUGGAUUUCUUCGCAAUUUGUCUGAUGGAUUGAUUGAUACCCUUUUGUGCUUCUGUUGCGAUUCUCUCAAGCAAACUGGAAGUAAUCGAUUCGAGAUAGAAUUUCGAGAUGCUGGGGUUCAAAUUCAGAUCAUGUGGAAGAUUGAAGAUGAUGGGAUUCAAGUUCAAAUCAUACGGUUGUGUUUUUGCUCUGAUAAUUCCAUUCUUGAUGGCGAUUUCAGUUGCAAAAGUUACAGAUCCCUCUGAAGUUUCUGCAUUGCUUGCUGUGAGAGGUAGAUUAGUUGAUCCACUGAAUCGUCUUAGAAACUGGAAUAAAGGGGAUCCAUGCACAUCAAAUUGGACAGGAGUUAUAUGUGUUCAUAAAUCCAAUGUUGAUAGAUACUUACAUGUUCAAGAAAUACAACUACUAAACAUGAAUCUUUCAGGAAGUUUAGCACCUGAACUUGGUCAAUUUUCUCAUCUGAGUAUAUUAGAUUUCAUGUGGAAUGACUUGAGUGGAAGUAUACCCAAGGAGAUCGGAAAUAUUUCAUCUUUGGUACUCUUGCUUCUGAAUGGAAACAGAUUAAGUGGCAAUUUACCCAAUGAGCUUGGAUAUCUUAGGAAUUUAGAUAGAUUCCAAAUAGAUCAAAACCAUAUAUCUGGACAAAUUCCCAAAUCGUUUUCAAACUUGAACAAUAUUAAACACAUCCAUUUCAACAACAACUCGUUAAGUGGUCAAAUUCCUUUGGAACUUUCCAACUUAUCUACUCUAAUGCACUUGCUUCUGGACAACAACAAUUUAUCCGGUUAUCUUCCAUCAGAAUUUGGAAAUUUUCCAAAUAUGCGGAUAGUUCAACUUGAUAACAAUCACUUUGAUGGAGCCGAAAUUCCUGCUUCAUUUGGAAAUCUAUCAAAAAUAGUGAAAUUAAGCCUUAGAAACUGUAGCUUGCAAGGAGUUGUGCCUGAUCUUAGCAGAAUACAGAAUCUUAGCUAUAUAGAUCUAAGCAAGAAUAGACUCACUGGAUCCAUUCCAUCAAAUAAGCUUUCAAACAGAAUCACAACUAUUGAUCUAUCAGAUAACCAGUUAAAUGGAUCUAUUCCUGAAAGUUUAUCAGAUCUUCCUUCUCUUCAAAAACUGUCCUUGGAGAACAACUUUCUUGAUGGUUCCAUCUCCCCUAAGCUAUGGCAGAAUAAAUCAUUUACUGCAACCUCAAAACUUUUACUUGAUUUCCGUAAUAAUUCGUUUUCAAGUGUUAUUGGGGUUUUAAAUCCACCUGUUAAUGCUAGCCUAAGGCUAAAUGGAAAUCCAAUUUGUCGAAAUUCAAGCAUACAAAACAAAGACGAAUUCUGUGGGCCAAAAGAUUAUGGAGAAUACAUGCGUUCCUUUUCAAAAGACGCAACCGAUUGUCCAAUUCAAUCAUGUCCCACAGACAAUUACUUUGAAUAUGUUCCAGAAUCCCCAAUUCCUUGUUUUUGUGCUUCACCUCUUAGAAUCGGGUAUCGCCUAAAAAGUCCAAGCUUUUCUUAUUUUCCACCAUAUCGUGAGCAAUUCGAAACAUAUGUCACUAGUGCUCUUGAUUUGGAAUUCUAUCAACUAUCUAUCGACUCGAUUAUGUGGGAAAAAGGACCUCGUUUAAGGAUGUAUCUUAAACUUUUCCCUAAAGCUGGCAUCGAUCAUUCAAGUACAUUCAGUACAAGUGAUGUUUUGCGUAUCAAAGGCAUUUUUACAACAUGGGUAUUUCCUGGAAGCCACUUAUUUGGACCCUAUGAGCUUCUCAAUUUCACUCUUCUUGGACCUUAUUCACACUUGAAUGUUGAAACACCGAGCAAAGGUAUAAGCAAGGGCGUUUUGGUAACAACAGUAGUUAUAGGAGUCGUUUGCGCUUUAGCAAUUUCUUCAAUACUUACUGUUGUGAUCAAGAAACGACACGAGAGAUACAAGCACACAUCAUCAAGAAAAUCUUUACUCGCGAAACUUUCCAUCAAAAUCGAUGGGGUUAAAAGCUUCACUUUUAGAGAAAUGGCGAUUGCAACUCAAAACUUUAGUGAUUCGAGUCUUGUGGGGAGAGGAGUUUCACUUCUUGGAUAUUGUGAUGAGGAAAAGGAACAGAUGCUGGUUUAUGAGUACAUGCCUAAGGGAACAUUGCGUGAUUGGCUUAAUGCAAAAUCUGGAGAAGCUUUGAGCUUCCGUAUGAGGUUACACGUGGCAUUGAACUCAGCUAAAGGGAUUCUUUAUCUUCACACAGAAGCCAAUCCACCAAUAUUCCAUCGUGAUAUCAAAUCAAGCAAUAUUCUUCUCGACUCCAAAAUGACUGCAAAAGUUGCUGAUUUUGGGCUUUCAAGACUCGCACCAAUCUUGGAUGACAAUGGAGUUGGGCCUAAUUAUGUAUCCACACUUGUUAGAGGAACACCCGGUUACCUUGAUCCUGAAUACUUAUUAACCCAUAAGUUGACAGACAAAAGUGAUGUUUAUAGCCUUGGAGUUGUGCUUUUAGAGAUCUUGACUAGCAUGAAGCCAAUAUCACAUGGCAAAAACAUUGUUCGUGAGGUGAAAAUAGCUCAUGAAACAGGAACGAUGUUCUCAAUUGUAGACAGCAGAAUGGGUUCAUACCCUUCUGAAUGUAUUGAGAAGUUUGUACUUUUGGCUCUUUGGUGUUGCAAGGAUAAGCCUGAGAAAAGGCCAAGUAUGGUGGAUGUGGUGAGGGAAUUGGAGCAAAUACUUGAAAAGAUGCCAAAAGAUGAGUUGUUGGAUCCGGAUUCAAACUACUUUGUGGAAUCAUCAUCAAUGUCUUCUUUGUAUAGCUCAUCAAAUGUUCAUGGAAGUAGUGAUCUUACUAGUGGUGGUAGCCCCUUAGUGUAUCCUCGUUGAUGUACAAACAAAUUCAAAUUUUGCACAAAGAAAGGUGAAAAAUAGGAAUUGUAUAUCUAUGUGUAUAGAAAAAGUAUGAUUAUGAUGUGAGAGUUGAGAGCAAUGUAGUUUGUUGUACAUUACAACAUGGUAGAGAAGAUUUUUAUACUCUCGUUGUGAUUUUGUAUUUUCCCUUUUUCAAAAUGAAUGCAAAGUUUUUGAUUUGUUGUCA